AUGCUUCGUCCACGCUUUUCCUCUGCUCACCACUUUACCCUCGCCAUCUUUGGAUGUCAAUACCAUGGCGACAUUCCAAGCGCCAGCAAAGUCGAGCUUAUCGAGCAAUUUGACAAUCUUAUCAAAGAUGCGGGUGUUCCUGUUGAGCGCCUAGAGCAAAAUAAUCUCCCCUCCAGGGUCUGGAUGACCCACUGGAAGUCACCUCAAACUUUCAAAGCUUGGUGGGAAAGCGACUCCACAGGAAGCUUUUGGAAGUCACUUCCAGAUGACGCUGGCUUUUGGAGGGAGACACUCUGUCUCCCAGCCACUAGAUCUAUGCACGAGUCAACUGGAAAGGAUCCAGUAGGGUUUGGUUACUGCGGAGAUCUUGUGCCUCUUACUGAGAAGACUGGAUAUUGGGGAGCGUAUCGUUCUCGCAUGACGCCUGAUUUCGAAGGUGACACUUUCAACACUUCUAUGACCUCCUUAGAGCCUGCGAAGCUCGAGACUGAUAAGAUUCGUCGAGGAAGAGUUCAAAUCGCCAAGUUUCCCGAUAAUCUUUGCGUCGUCAUUGAAGGCCAGGACUACAGCGCCAUGAAAGAGAAAGAGCGGGAGUACUGGGACGAGAACUUCGAUGGCCUGACAAAACAGUGGGUUACCAAUGUGGUUACAGCAGGGCUAGAAAACGGUAUGGUAUCCGCAAGGGCAUGCCAUGCAUUCGCAGGAAAGAAGUCACUGGGAGCAACAAACGGUACAACCUCCAACGGCACAACCAAUGGUGGCAUAUUCCCAGGCCUUGAUUACAUUCGACAAGCUCAGAUUCUCUACUGGACCGACCUUUCCAAAAUGGAACACAUGGGCAGAUGGGAUAAAGGCCACGUCAAGUUAAGACGCAGCUUCAUGACAGCAUACGGGCCCGGCGGCGCGAUGGAAGGCGGUGAUAUUCUCCUCUGGGUUGAUCUAGGAAUCAUAAAGGGAAACGAGAUUGAUGCGGAGUACAUUGGCUGUUACGAGGGAACAGGGUUCCUCGCAUUUGACAAGAGCGGGGAUUUCGCGAGCGAGAUUGUCGCUGCGGCUGAGCUACCCGAGAUUUUCGAUAAGCCAAUUGCUUGUAAGCCAAUAGAAUGGUAG